AAUUGUAUCAUGCGGUGUUUGUUUGUAGAGGCAGCGAGGUAAUACCCAGUCUACUGUAACACUUUUAACAACUGCUUUGUUAUGAACAAUGUUCACUCGGAUCAUAUAAUUGUGAUUAGAUGAUAAUAAAAAAAAACCAUUUACAUGUAUUUACUGGAACAUUGAACAUCGCAGCUCACCAUCCUCGUCAUCAUCAUCAUCAGCAUCAUCCUCCUCCUCCCCGUGUGCAAGGAGGGACUGAUCAAUUCUCCCACAAUGCACUGCGCAUCUGUCAUGGCUGCUCGCCGGUGCCGCUCGCGCCACAUGGGUCGGAAAUAAACACUCGCGCGUCGCGUGACUGAGAGACGAGCGACAUUUAUCGGCGCGUCGAUAAAAAACAAGAACAAAAGUGCGAUUGAUCGUCGUCUGUGGGAUCCGGGACCGUCCCGACCGGAGGCGGCUGUAGAGGAGGAGGAGGAGGGCGAGGAGGGGGGCACCGGAGGUGAUCCGUCAUGCCGCUGGACGCGGAGAUCCCCGUGCUCCGAGGCUUCCUGACACCGGGCGAGGCGACGGCAUGGAAGCGGAGUGUUCACAGGACUGCAGAGACGGGCUCUCUGCUGGAGUCCCUGAUGGAGGGGGACUUCGAGGCGGUGCUGUUGAGCCCGCAAGUGUUGGAUCUGCUCGGCGGCGAUGGCAGCUGCAGCGAGGGGGAGGACAUCGAGGCCUACCUGGAGAGACGGGUCCUACUUUACCUGACCGGAGGCUCCGACGGCGACCGGACCGACAGGGAGCUGACAGCGAUGGCCCUCGCCGUCUCCUGCCUCCAAAUGUUUGUCCAAAGUAACUGGACCGGUCCUCCGGUGUCCGUCCAUAUCUCUGACCUGCUGCCCUCGGCCCUGCUCUCCUCUCAGCCCCAAACCUUGGUUGAGGCGAUCCACUCCAGCCUGCUGCUGGACGGGGAGUCGGUGUACAGCCUGGUGGCCAACCCCUUCCUGCUCCUGCUGGCCAGCAUUAUUCUCACCAAGUGCUCCUCCAAGAUGGAAAGCCUCCAGCUGCUGCCCUGGUGGACCCUUCGCUACAUCAACCUGCAUCAGCAGAUCCUGGAGGCCCCUUCUCCACAGCUCCUCAACUCGGCCCAGAGCAGCAUGGACAAAGUGCUGAAAUGCCUGCCUCUGCUGUCGGAACAGAGAAACCUUGUUAUCCAGUUCCACCUGGAGUGUGUCUACAUGAAUCUGACCUACUACGAGUACCAGCCAGCCAAGGAACACAUCCAGAAGGCGCAGGAGCUCUCAGGCCUGGACAUCAACACGACUGGUGCCCUUGGCAAACGGACCCGUUUCCAGCACAAGAACUUGGCUCAGCUCAUCCUUGAGGUCCACAGAAAGCAGGACCGGCCCGACCAAUUGGUGGAUGAGGCCACUCCCACUCCCACACCUGAGGCCAGCCUACCUAAGGACUACCUUCUGGGUGACGACACUGUGCUGGACAAGAUCAGUUUAGUGGCACCAGACCAGUACGAGCUGCCAGACCUCAGCGCAGAGGAGCAGGCCGUCAUCCUAGGCGUCUGCACCGACUUCCAGAAGAAUAACCCUGUCUACAAACUGACUGAAGAGGAACUCCUCGCCUUCACAUCUUGUAUACUGUCUCAGCCCAAGUUCUGGGCUGUAGAAGUCUCAACGCUUUGCCUCAGGACCAAACUGGAGAGAGGACGCACCCGGUGUGUUGAGAGAGCCAUGAUGCAAACCCAGGCGUUAGUAGACUACUUUGACGACAAGAACUGUCCAGCGAGUGAGCGGCUCAAAGUCUUCUACUGUUGCCAAGCCCCGCCCAUAUGGGCCGUCCAGAAACAGCUGGCCAGCCUGCUGACGGACCUCGGCUGCGUCAGUUCAGCUCUGCUCACUUUUGAAAAGCUGGAGCUCUGGGAGGAUGUCGUUAUCUGCUACGAGAGGCUGGGCCAACAUGGCAAGGCUGAGGAGAUCGUUCGCAGGGAGUUGGAGAAGAAGGAGACGCCCAGUCUGUAUUGCCUCCUGGGAGACAUCUUGCGGGACCAUCAGUACUACGACCGGGCGUGGGAGCUGUCGGGCAGACGCAGUGCCAGGGCCAUGCGCUCCAAAGCCCUGCUGCACCUCCGCGACAAGGAGAUCCAGCAGUGCACAGAGUGCUUUGAGCAGUCGCUGAAGAUCAACACCAUGCAGCUUGGUGUGUGGUUUUCCCUCGGCUGUGCCUACUUUACUCUCGAGAGCUAUGAGGGAGCUGCCAGGGCUUUCCAGAAGUGUGUGGUACUCGAGCCAGACAAUGCAGAAGGCUGGAACAACCUCUCCACAGCUUACAUUCGCCUACAUCAGAAAACCAAAGCCUUCCGUACACUGCAGGAAUCCCUGAGGUGUAACUACGAACACUGGCAGAUCUGGGAGAACUUCAUUGCCGUGAGCACUGACGUUGGGGAGUUUGCUGAAGCCAUCAAAGCCUACCACCGUCUGAUGGACCUCAGGGAAAACUUCAAGGACAUCCAGGUUCUACAGAUACUGGUACGAGCAGUAGUUGAAAACCUGACCGACAGCCAGGGGGAACCGGCAGCUUCCUACAAGUCUAAACUGAAGGAGCUCCUAGGUCGGGUCAGUUCCCGCCACAGCAGCGAUGCUGAGAUAUGGCAGCAGUAUGCGCUGCUGUACGGUGACGGCCACAGCUCCAGCCCAGAGGACAAUGAAAAGGCACUACAGUUCUUGUCCAAGGCUCAUCGCUGUGAGGUGCAGACUGUGGGCUGGGAGAAAGAACCUGGUCUCUUUAAGGAGGUGAUGAAAAGAGCCGUUGACAUGGGAGAAGGAGUUCGAAGUAGAUAAGUCCAGGCUUACCAUGACCUACCAGGAUUCCAGAGCCGACCUCGUCAAGGACGCCGGCAUUACAACUAAGUCUGGGUGGAAAUGAGCCGCAAAGAACCACUGUACAACAAGCAGAGUGCUCUCUCGGGACACAAUUGGACUACCCUUCACUGGAAAACAAGGCCUUGGGGCAUCCCACUUCCAACAGUGGGCCAAUGCAAACCCCAAGGAGAAAAGAACCAAACAGAAGUGGGGAACCUGAAGAGGGUAGAUGAGAACAAGAGCUGUGGAACUGGUGGCACAAGGAGCUUGGACAAUGUGAGACCUCCCCCAAAAGAAAGAUCCCUUUCACUGGUCCAAGGCAGGUACACCUGGCACCAUGACAAAAUUUAGUGAUGCUUGUUGACAUCUUGGAGCAAGAAAUAAGGAAGAAACAUCAGGCCACAGUUUUACUUUUUGUUUAGGAAGGAGAAAACCCGCUUGGAAAACCCCCUUUACUUCAGGCAGCUAUUGGAAGGGAGAUGGGAGUUGACCUGGGAAGGAAGUUCCAUUUCCCAGACGUCGCACUGUCCACUUCCCUGAGGCCAGCUGUGGAGAUCUGGUCAAUGGAAGGGAGGAGCUGACCGGACCAUGGGAGGAAAGCUGUGGGGAGAUUGCAGAACAAAAGACCAGCAGAUACCAACAGUCGGUCAAUGAUUGCAAAGACCAAGACAUUCUUAUUUCAAGUCGGAGGUGGGCUGCCGGUGAUUCCCUCCACAGUCUGUGAGGAAUCUUCUCACUAUGAUGGGAGUAAGAGGUCAUAACAGACGGGAAGCAGUUCAAAGCUUGGGAAGCUGAGAGAACCUCCCCUUGGCUCUAGUUUGAAAGGGAGGAGUAGAGCUGGACGCCAGGAGGAUAGGGGGAGUGAGCUGGCCACCACUGCUCAUUCACCAACCAGAGAGGAUUAUGGUUAAGGGUCGAAACACUCAAGCAAGGUCGCGCACCACCGGAAGACCUCUUCUCCUGCGCAAAGCUUCAACUGCACUAACCAGGACUAGUUUGGAGGGCAGCCUAGAGAUGUAUCUAUAUCUUUCAAACAUUAAAGCACGUAAACCUUUCUAGGUCAGAUGGGAAACCUGCCCUUCAACUGUUAGCUGGGGUGACCUUCUGCCAACCACACAGUUAACAGUCAGUACGGGUUCCUCAGGGGGCAGAGGAGGUCGAGAGGAUGGAGGAAUGAGGACGAGUGAAGGGAAAUAGGAGAGAUUUGUCUCUGAUUCCACUUGAGUUUCCCCAGAUGUUUUCAUUAUAGCCAGACACACGGCGCUGAAUUAAACAUUAGCGGUGCAGUCGGGAGCUGCCCCGAAAACAACAUUGAUGUAUCUGGUGGUAAUAUGUUUGCGCUGUCUAUCAGAUGACCUCUCGCCUCCACCCUCCUCCUCUUUAUGCUGCAGAAAAACGAUGUCAUAUUGGUUUGCGUGUUGUUGUGACAAACACUGGCAGCAGCAGUGAUGGUUUCCCUCUUCAACAUUAUGCAUACACUUUCAUCAAUGUUGUAUUUGGAUUCAAGGAUUUUAUCAUGUAAAAUCUAGAAUGUCCCGUGUGCAGAUGUUAAAUGCUGAUUGUGAUGUGGGUUUUCAGUGCAGUGUUUCCAUGACCUUAAAGCUACAGUGUGUUAUAUUUAGAAGGACGUAUUCACAGAAAUUGAAUAUAUCGUCCAUAAUUGUGUGUUCAUAUAUGUAUAAUCACCUGCAACAAAGAACCAAUGUUUUUUCGUCAACUCUGAAUGAGUUAAAUAUAGUAACAUGAGGUGGACCCGACCUCCGUGUGAGUCGCCAUGUUUGCUACGUCAUGUUAAAUAGGUUUGCAGUAAACAGUUCCAGAAUAUGUCGCAUUCGCGUUGAAUUUCCAGCGUUGCCGGAAAUUGAAUUAGCGGUGCGCCACCAUAAAGUGUCCCCCGUCGGGUGCUCAGUUGGCAAUAUCAGAUAACAAUACUGACUCAUAGCAGCUUCAGUCUCAGUAUAUUAGGAAAACGUCAACAUGCCACAUUGGUGUGUAAAGUGAUGAGCAUGUCAGUUUCCCAACCUCUCACCCUGGACUACACGUUCU